ACAAUACAAAAAGACAACAACCACUUCGGUCUACAGGUAAUUAUGAUCAUUUUAAAAAGUAAACAAGAAAAAAAUAGAAAUACUAAUCUUAUGUCAUCAUCUUCAGGAAGUGAGCAUGUGAGGAUGAGAAGUUACAGAUCAGUUACAGUGUGUUUGGUGCUGCUGUGUGUUCUUCUACUGACUGCAGUCAUAGUGCUGUGUGUCUUCAUCAAUACAAACAAUCAACAGUUUAACAUCAAGAACAAAAACAUCACAGAAGAGAGAGACCAGCUACUAACCAAAUAUAUCACAAAAGAGCCAAUUAGAAAGCGCUCUCAUUGACAUAAAAAGGUGAUAUGAAAAAGGAAUAAAAUAGUUAUAAAUGAAUGACUAAAGAAGAUAAACGUCAUAUCUUCAGGAAGUGAAUGUGUGAGGAUGAAAAGGUGCAGAUCAGUAACUGUGUGCAGUCAUAGUGCUGUGUGUCCUGAUCAAUACAAUCAACAAUCACCAAUAUCACAUGUGUGGUUGCAUUUCAAAACAUUAAGACUAAACCAACCAUUGACAUGAAUUUGGGAAAGGAAUAUGUGGUCGUCCAUCUAAUGGCAAAUUGUCUGACAAAUUGUUAAUAACUGACAAUAUCUCCUGACAUAAAUGCUGUGUCAAUGCUCAUGUUACACUCACACUCUCACUAAUACGCUUAUUGUUACAUUUAUUUAACUUAAAAUAGAAUAAUAAAAAGAUAAGCAGUAUAAAAUAAAUAAUAUUGCCUUAUUGUUUGUAGAAAAGAGGUUUGUAGCUUUUAGCGUUUUGUUUCCAAUGAUCUGGAGAAAAUGUUCAGGUCUCAUGGUUAGAAAAUUGGGCAAAAAUGCAACCAAGAUGAAUAAAAAUACCUGCGAAAUUCAAGACAAGGGGCAAACAUGACCCCUUUAUAAUUAAACAAAAGAAAUAUUAUAAUGUCAUGAUCAAAAUGAAAUGUGAAAAUGAAUGAAGAGACAAGUGUCGAUGACAACAUUACAUUUAAAUCUGCUCACGUUGCAUCAGGUACUUUUGCAGCAUUGAGCAUUACAUUGACAUUACAUUACGAAUCAAGUCAGAUUUAUUAGUAUAUAAAGUAGCAGCACAAAGUUUUUUUCAGUGAAAACAUUUCUUCAGAUUAUAAAAAUACAUUUAAAUCUUUAAAAAACUUUUGAUUGAAUAGGGUUUUGAAUAGGGUUAGGUUAGAAACACCACAGAUCAGUUUACGUGUCUAUAGCAGGCCUCUCCUCUUGACACAUGCAUUAAAAUUCACAAACAACACAGAUAUACGAUUACAUAAAUGUAAUAAUCAUACCGUAAAAAAUGAAAUAUUUUUUCAUUUUGUUUAACGUAUAUAUUUUCUUGUACUUGUUAGAUGUCACCUGAAUUUAGAUUUCACAGAUAAAGUUUCGUUUUGAGGGGUUUCGUUUAGCUAUUUAAAAACGAAUAUAAAAAGUAGAGCAAUGCGGAAACAGAACUGAAAUGCUGUUUUUUAUACAUGACUUGGUCAUGUCAUAUGCCUAUAGCGUAACUAAAGACCAUAUAGGGAAGUCUUUACACAAUUUUUGCAAUACCUCCAGGGAGCCAUCUCGGUGGUACAAGACCAAGUCUGAUCUACUUGAAUAGUGUGAACAGAUAUCUUUAAAAUCACUGGCUAAGGUCAAAACAACAUAUUUUCCAUUCACAGUUAUGCUUAAACACUUUUUUAACUACUCACAUGCAUCAAGACUAACAAGUAUUUGAACAACACGUUUUGAAUACGUGACAGUGACACAAACAGAAAAGCGUGACAUGCUCACGCUCAAACGCAACGAAUUGUGACAUUGUCAUGCCGGUCCAUACGUGCCUAUAGGUACAUAAUUUCGUGAUAUAGGGUUGGGAUGUAAAAAUGUCUAAUCUAAAUGUAAUGUAAAUGUGAUAUUUUUAAAGUUCCCAUGUUAGAUUAAUUCUGGUAUUGGCAGAGAAUACAGUACACCUUACAGUAUACAGCUACAGCUAUUAUUAUUCUUAUUUUUUGGUCUUCACACACUGACCUUAAAUCAGUUUCAUUCUGUUGGUUCAUUCCAAGUGUUAAAAACAGAAAAGAUGAUAACAUUACAAACCAAUUACAAUUACAAAAAUUCAUAGGGGCAGAGGGGCUCACUUGAACCAUGUAGCUUGAAUCAUUUCCAGUGUGGUUAAUGUUUCUGUUGCGUGAGGACAUUAUCAUGGUUAUCUGACAGUUGAGGCCAAAAACACCACUGAUCCUGAUACAGGCAUGAAAGCGUGCAUCACUUUAUACGCAGCUCUAAACUUUUUUCAUACUUGUUAGAUGUCACAUGAUCUUAGAUGUACACAUUGACCUCAGAUGGUUUUGCUGCUCUUUCAGUGUGUUAACAUAAAAGAGCUGAACAAUGCAGCCGUCUGAAGCAUGUACUGGAGUAUAUGCAUUCAACAUAAAAAGUGAUAAGGAAAAGGAAUAAAAUAGUAUAUAAAUAAAUGAUUAAAGAAGAUAAAUCUGUCAUCUUCAAGAAGUGAAUUUGGGAGGACGAGAAGAUACAGAUCAGUUACAGUGUGCAGUCAUAGUCUUGUGUGUCCUGAUCAAUACAAACAAUCACCAAUGUCACAUGUGCGUCUAAAUCAACAUUAAGACAUUUGGGGUGGGAAUACGUGGUCACCCAUUUAAUAGGAAAUUGUCUGACAAUUUGUCAAUAACUGACAAUAUCUCCUGACAUAAAUGCUAUGUCAAUGUGCCUGUUACACAGAUUCAACACCACUCACACUCUCACCAAUAAGCUUAUUGUAACAUUUAUUUGACUUAAAAAUGAGCCUCGUUGUAGAAAAACCAUAUCACAUUAUAUCUACUUCAUUGCAAUAACAAGCUGUCACCUCAGUCUACUGCUUUCUUAUUGGUCUUUAAAAAAAUACUAUAUAAGGAAGUCAUUAUUCAUUCGAAAAAUGUAAAAAAAAUAGAAAAAAUUCAGCCAACGGAUAUUACAUGCUCUUGACCACAUGAUGAAAUAUCGUCUGUAAGUAAAAGCUCAAAUGCAGAACUCUUCACAGCAGUGCAGGACAUCUCAACAUAAACCACACAAAAGCAACGUCCAGUGAUAUUAAAUCCAACAGUUUGAAGAUGGUGAAAAAUACUUCUGAUGAUAGGAACUUUUCUGAGAUGGAGAGGAUUAACAGAGAUGCUGAAGAGAAGAAUAUCUAUGCCAAUACAGACAAUAUAAACAUUCACAAUCUCUGCAGAGGAACAGAAGACACCACGAGAAACCAAACAUCUCUACACACAGAAAGUGAGACUAUGAGGAUGAGAUGUUACAGAUCAGCAACAGUGUGUUUGGUGCUGCUGUGUGUUCUUCUACUGACUGCAGUCAUAGUGCUGUGUGUCCUGAUCAAUACAAACAAUCAACAGCGUCACAACAAAAACCUCACAGAAGAGAAAGACCAGCUACUAACCAAAUAUACCAAACUGUGGACACAUCUUCAAGAAGGAUGGAUUCAUAGUCACUUCAGUUUGUACUUCAUUUCAUCUGAGAAGAAGAGCUGGACUGAGAGCAGAAGAUACUGUAUAGAAAAAGGAGCAGAUCUGAUCAUCAUUAACAACAAAGAGGAGCAUGAUUUUAUUAAGACUAUCAUUGUUGGGCACAGAUUCUGGAUUGGUUUGACUGACAGUGCUGUAGAGGGCAGAUGGAAAUGGGUUGAUGGCAGCACACUGAACUCUAGCUUCUGGGGGCCUGAUGAACCCAAUAGUUAUGGAGGUGAUGAAGACUGUGCUGAGUAUCGUUCAUCAUGGUGGAAUGACAACCCAUGUGAAGAUAUUUUAAUAUGGAUUUGUGAGACAGAAUCUUAAAUCACACAGCAUAAUAAGGUGACCACAGUUGCAGCGUGCCAGUGAGUCAACAGUGAUUCAGUUUAACCCACAAACAAGAAGAAACAGCAACUUGUUGUGUAUGUUUUGGGAAGACCAGUAGUGAAAGAAGUAAAUAAACAGCAACUUGUGUUGCAGUUUAAGUUAAAUCAGUCCUCAACUUGGCUCAUUUUGUUCUCACCGUCGCAAACCGAAAUACCUAUGACGCAGUUUUUUGUAUCACAGUUACUAACUCAUUUACUACUUGUGAGAAGUAACUAGUAACUAUAAGUAAUUACUUUUCAAAAUAACAUUCCCAACACUGGUUGUAUGUCAUAAUGAUAGCACAUGAUUUUGACAUGUAUAAGUUACUGUAUGCUGCUUUCAUGAAGUCCAUACAAAUCUUGAUCUCAUAUCAGGUAUUUUUCUGUUUGCUCUUCACUGUAUUUUUUAAUGUGUUUUCAAAGCCAAUAAAUUGAAAUGCCAAUAAAAAAUGAUCAGAUGGUUUGGGUUGAUCUGACUGUAAAAAUCUCUUGUAUCGAGAUCACAGAAACAAAUGAGCUAUUAGUAUCUUAUAUUGAUCUGUGUCAGACAAGAGAGUAAAAGUAUUUCUAAUUCUGACAUUCGAGAUAAGCAUAUGACAACAGUCACUUCAGGUAUUGACAUUCAAAGACUGCACACUGCCAUCUGAUAUCAAAACUGUACAGUUGUGUGUUCACUGAGGUGUCAAUCUAAACAUAAUUUAUCAAUGUACCCAAUGUGAACAUUCAGUAAGGCGGUACUAUGUUUUCUUUACACCAGAGACAUUUUUCAGGUUUUUCACCAACAUAGGCUAAAGUAACCAAACUUAAAAGAAUUAAAGAAAGAAGUUCACAUUUAAUUUCAAAAACAUUUACAGUUAUUUUUGUUGCAUGCUUGGUCUGUGAUUUUAUCAUAUUUACUGUUUCGACCAGCAUGUUACCACUUGUGUCUAUCUAUUUCAUGCAUUUGUUUCAUUUCUGCAUUACAGCGUGGGUAUCUGGAUGUGUUGCGUGCUUGUGUGGGAGGUUAUGAUAUUGUGCUCACUCAAUAUGUCUCACUAACAGAAAUUGUCAGAUUUAUAUUAAAACUGUGUUUCCAAUAUGUUGCCACAGCUUGAUCCAUAUUUGUUCCAAAAAGUUAUGAUUUCUGUUGAGAUUUUUGACCAAAAUUAUUUUUCUGAGACACAGGACAGCUCCACUGUAUUAAUAACAUAGGUAAAACAUUUGUGUACAUUUACUUUUGUGUACUCAUGUGUCAAAAUACAUAUUUUCAAAAAAACAUAAUAUGAGCAAACAUGAUAUGGUUUUAAAAGUUUGCUUUCAUGUGUGUUAAGAUCUCUAUUUUCACUAGUGAUGAGGAAGUGUCUUGUAUUGCUUACGCAUCAAAUUAUAUAAACUGUUUUAAUAUUAAAGAACUACACAGAUGCAGAUGUCAUCUAUCGGUUCAUGUACACACCUUGUACUUUGAUGUUCGCUCUGCUUUGUGCCAUGGUUGUGAAAUCAGAAUGAACUUGAAAAAGACGUCGAAUAAUGCAGUAUAAACAACGCUAUCUCACGAGAAUUCAUACAUAUUUUGGUAACACUUUAUUAUAAUGUUCAUUAAUUAACAUUAGUUAACUACAUUAGUUAACAUGAACUAAUGAUGAACUGCACUUGUGCAGCAUUUAAUAAUCUUUAUUAAUGUUAAUUUCAACAAUUACUAAUACUUUAUUAAAAUUUGGUUAACGUUAGUUAAUGCACCGUGAACUAACAUGAACAAACAAUGAACAGCUUUAUUUCUAUUAACUAACAUUAACAAAGAUGAAUAAAUACUGUAACAAAUGUAUUGCUCAUGGUUUCUUCAUGUUAGUUAAUACAUUAACUAAUGUUAAAUCAUGAACAUUAUAAUAAAGUGUUACCCAUAUUUUACGAGUUGGCAAACUUGUAUUUAUUCAUACAACCACAUUCGUAAGUUAUGGUAUGAUUUGCCUUAACCCUUGUGACGUUAGGUUUUGGGUUAGGUUUUGUUGUUGAUUUUUUCAUGAAAAUCGUACGUUUUUGCAGGAUUCAUUUUAUGAUUAAUGAGCCAACUUGUAAAAUAUGUACAAAUUCUUGUGAGAUCAGGCUGGAUUAAAAGACGAGGCGGAGCAAAUACCUGACACUGUUUUUAAUAAACGGGACUAAAGCAGUCAUGAUUU